CAGUGUAAUUUGUUUAGUACUCCGUUCAAGUAGGUAAAGAUAAAUAAGAAUGUUUUUCUCUCCGCAUUAAGUGAUUAGCCUUCAAUGUUACAAUAUGAAGUUUGCAGAACAUUUGGGUGCUCACAUAACUCCAGAAUGGAGGAAACAAUAUAUAAAUUACGAAGAAAUGAAGGCUAUGCUGUAUUUGACAGUAGAAGAGGCCCCUUCUUCAGAAAGCGUGGAAGCUGAAGUUGUUAAAAGACAUUUUAUGAAUUUCGACGAACAAUUUUUUCAUUACUGUGAUAAAGAACUGAAAAAGAUAAAUGUAUUUUACGCCGAAAAAUUGGCGGAAGCCACAAGAAAAUUCGCCAACCUGAAUACCGAACUGAAAAUGUCGAUAGAGCAACUUAAAAUGGGAAAAAAGAGAGGGGAAUCCAGAAAACUUACACCGGCCAGAAAGUUGCAGGAUCUCAAGUUAGCCUUUAGCGAGUUUUAUUUAAGUCUCAUUUUACUACAAAAUUACCAAACAUUAAACCACACGGGGUUCCGCAAGAUUCUUAAAAAACAUGAUAAGCUUCUACAAACAGAUCUUGGUGCUAAGUGGCGCGUUGAACACGUCGAAACCUCUCAUUUUUACACGAAUAAAGAUAUAGACAAAUUAAUCAGUGAUACCGAAAACACAGUAACAAAUGACUUAGAAGCUGGCGACCGACAAAAGGCCAUGAAAAGACUGCGUGUUCCCCCAUUGGGAGAGCAACAAUCUCCAUGGACCACAUUUAAGGUUGGACUGUUUUCGGGAUCAUUCAUCGUUCUGCUAAUUGCUGUAAUAUUAUCCGCAAUUUUCCAUGAAGGUUCAAGCGACAAUAUAAAAAUAGCCUUCAGAUUAUACAGAGGACCUCUCCUAAUAGUCGAAUUCCUAUUUCUGAUGGGAGUCAAUGUGUAUGGUUGGAGAUCGUCUGGCGUUAAUCACGUAUUAAUAUUCGAAUUAGAUCCAAGAAACCACUUAUCAGAGCAAGACUUAAUGGAAUUGGCGGCGAUAUUCGGAGUUGUUUGGGCUCUUAGUUUACUUAGCUUCCUUUACAGCUCCAGUUUAAGUAUACCACCGUAUAUAAAUCCCUUGGCGCUUGUCAUAAUUAUGGUGUUCUUCCUCAUCAACCCGUUAAAGGUGUUCAGACAUGAUGCUAGAUUUUGGUUUUUAAGAAUAACGGGGCGGAUGGUGUCUGCACCCUUUUUUCACGUUGGCUUUGCUGAUUUCUGGCUGGCGGAUCAAAUGAACAGUCUGGUGGGUGCUUUACUAGAUUUUCAAUAUUUGACCUGCUUUUAUUUCACUAAUGGAAAUUGGUUAGAGGCUGGAGAUACAUCGGAAUGUAUGGAACGUAAUUUUAUAAUAAGACCAAUCAUUAACUGCAUACCAGCUUGGUUGCGUUUUGCUCAGUGUUUGAGGCGUUAUCACGAUUCAAAGGAGGCAUUUCCACAUCUUGUCAAUGCAGGAAAAUAUUCAACUACCUUCUUUGCAGUCCUAUUUUCGACAUUACGAUCAGUUUAUAAAGACGAUUAUAAAGAUUCUCCCAAUCCAUAUUUCUAUUUGUAUCUAUUAUCUCAAUUUAUUAGUACCGUAUAUGCAUACACAUGGGAUAUUAAAAUGGAUUGGGGGUUACUGGAUAAAUCUGCUGGCGAAAAUAAAUUUUUGAGGGAGGAAAUAGUAUAUUCGUCAACUUUCUUCUAUUAUUUCGCCAUCGUGGAAGAUUUCAUCAUUAGAUUCAUCUGGACGAUAUCACUGUACUUGACUGAAUCGAAAUACGUAUCUAGUGAUAUCAUGACGUCAAUUGUAACACCAUUGGAAGUGUUCCGUAGAUUUGUUUGGAACUUCUUCCGAUUGGAGAACGAACACCUGAACAACUGCGGUAAAUUCAGAGCCGUACGUGAUAUAUCGGUGGCGCCCAUUGAUCAAUCGGAUCAAACUCAAAUAAUCAGGAUGAUGGACGAUCCUGAUGGUGUGAUCAACAGAGGAAAGAAGAAGUAUAACAAAAAGAAAGAAGAUAAAAAACCUUUGUUGCAGGAUGAGUCUAUUAUUAAUUUUAAAGCAAUUCCAAUGUCAACAUUGCAAGCAUAAAGUAAUUAAGUUUUAAGUUAAUACCUUACAUUCCCCUUCCAUAUUAUUAGAUACAUAUGUAUGUUAUAGUGAUGUUGUGUUCUUAAUGAUUCUACAUUAUUUACCUUUUAAUGUAUAAAGACCGCCUCAUUUACUUUAUUUAAUUCAUGUUAAGGUUUUAAAAAUAGUAUAUCUCACGUUAAGUGAUUUUAAAAACAUAGAGUCAUACAGUAUUAUUGCAGUUACCACAGUUGAGACACAUUUGUGAUAUAUUUAAAGUUAUAGAAGAUAACUUCAUUUAAUUAAUUCAUUUCAUAAUUAUUAUAACAAUUAACAAUGUAAUUUGCAAUCAUAAAACUUACAUAAAUUCAAUUUGUAUACUUAAAUGGCCUUAUAUUUUAGUACUUAUAGAUUAACUGUAUGUACUAUGUACUUACGUAAAAUUGGAAAAUUUUAAAGCAACAAAGAAUGUAGAAGUUUCUAUUUUUGAUAUACACUUUAUCAUGUAGUUGAUGAUGAUUGGAAUAUUGUUAUAACGAAUACUGUUAAAUUUUAUAGGCAAAUAUUAAUUACAUAUAUAUUUAAAUUAUACAUAACAUAUACCUUUGUAUUUUCAAAAUAAAAAAAGACAAAAAUUA